AUGGAGAUUUCCAAUCCUCGACGUAUUCUUGCAGUCAGCCAACCUGAAUCCGGUCUUCUCGACUUGCUGAAAGGUCUCACUGGCAAGGCGCCGUCUAUAACAGCAGACACAAUAGCAGGCACUACACACAACUGGCCAGUAAAAACAAGCUACUACACAGCAACCAUCCCCAUCUGGCUAGAUGAAAUCUCAGACUCGCAAGUCUGGUCAUCUGAAUUCCUUGCCCCCGAAGCACGGGAAGUGCUCACAGCCCUCGGAGCCUUCGUUGUGUGUUUUCGAAAACCUAUCAAUGAAGCGGCAUUAGCAGAAACUAAGGCAUUGCUUAAGCAUGUCUCGACUGUUGUGAAAGACGGCUGUGGGUAUUCGUGGGAUGGUGCUUGUCUAGCGGUGGCGAUGCCGCAAACUAUUACCCCGUAUCUCGAGAAGAGCUUUGAGGACUGGGAGGAUAUUUGUCAGGAUUUUGGGUUUGAGUUUGUGGAUUUUGAGAGUAAAGGGAGGAAUCAGUAUUCUGAACCUAUGGGUAUUGAGAGAUUAAAACAGGCGUUGGAGACUAAUGAUUGGGCUGGGAAUGAGGAUUUUGAUGUUAUGGAUGACUUGGACCAGCUCAACGGAGAAGGUUAUGAUGAAGAUGAUGAAACAAGUGUAGGCUUUGGUAUUGAUCCUGCAGAGUUGGAAAACGAGAUGCAGGGUAUGAAACAGGCUAUAUAUAGUGGUGGGUUGAAUCUCGAAGACGGCGAAGAGGACGAUGAGGAGGUCGAGAAAUUACAGGCUAUGAUGCUAAAAUUGCAAGCCGUAAAAGAUAUGGCUGCGGGUAUGCCCAAGGAGGAGCGUGAAAAACUCGCUGCUAAGACAGUCAAGGAGAUAAUGAAAACACAAUAA